GAACAUCACUUCCCCACCGCCAGGAAAGCAAACACAACUCCUGAAGCUGCGGAGGAAGAGAAGUGAGAUCGAUGUGAGAAGCUGUCACCUGGAGCCUCCAGACCAGAGCCUUCCUCCUCUUCCUCCUCCUCCUCUUCUUCUCCUGCGGGGCUCCGAGUCCUCAGCAAGCGGCCACUCGGUCUCCGAUCCUCCGGGACACUUGGCGGAGGGAGAAAGUGAGCUGGGCAUGGAGAGGAGAGGCUGCUCUCACUGACAAUCGGAUAGUUGUGUUUUUUCCUGCGUGUGCUUCGCUCUAAAUAAUGGAGAGUUGACGGCUUGAGAGGAACCUGACUAACAGCAGUGUGACGGGAUAAAGAGGAUAAGGCUGUCUCCACAGGGGCAGUGCCCGUUCUUGCCUCAUUCACAGGGCUUCUUAUUACCCGUUUCAAACUCAGCACACCUCCUGCAGUGUCAUGGCUGCGUAUGGACAGACUCAGUACAGUCCGGCCCUCCAGCCUGCAGGACCAUACACGCCGUACACCCACCACACACAGGGCUACAGCAUGCCGUCUUACAACAUUAAAACGGAGGAUGGUCUGAGCCACUCUCCAGGACAGACAGGACUGCUGGGAUACUCCAACUUCAGCACCACUCCUCCCAGUCAAAGCCUCUACAGCUACUCUCACACACAUGGUGGUGGUAUUUCAUCUGGAAUUUUUCAAGGCACCCAUGCAAUCUCAAGUUCAACCCCAUUCAACCCUACCCAACAAGAGUUUUCAGCAUAUUCCAGCUACAGUCAGAGUCAGUACUCUCCGUAUUAUAACUCACAUCACUACAACAGCCCCUACCUAACCAGCAGCAACAUCAGCCCCGCUGCCAUCACUGCUCCUUUAGCCUACCAGCACCCAGAACACCCCGUCAUGGUGCCCAAUCACAGCCCAGAGUCACAUACAGGAGAGUACCACCCGCCGCCCAGCCCCCCCACACCAGGUAAAGAGGAGGGGGUCCCAGCGCGACGGGGGUCAGAUGGCAAGUUGAGAGGAAGAAAAAGAGUCAGUGACCCGGCUCCACCUCUGGACUCUGAUAUAGAGCGAGUGUUUAUCUGGGAUCUGGAUGAAACCAUCAUCAUUUUCCAUUCUCUCCUCACGGGAACUUUCUCCUCACGAUUUGGCAAGGACUCUUCCAAGGCGGUGUCUCUGGGUCUGUGGAUGGAGGAAAUGAUCUUCAACCUGGCUGACUCCAGACUCUUCUUCAAUGACCUGGAGGAAUGUGACCAAGUGCAUAUUGAUGACGUGGCAUCAGAUGACAACGGACAGGACCUGAGCACUUACAACUUUGGGUCAGAUGGCUUCCAGAGCCCAGCAGGGGCCGGUUCUCUGUGCCUGGGGUCGGGGGUCCAUGGAGGGGUGGACUGGAUGAGGAAACUGGCUUUCCGAUACCGCAGAGUCAAGGAGAUCUACAACACAUACAAAAAUAACGUCGGGGGUUUGCUGGGCAGCCCCAAGCGAGAAGAGUGGCUACAGCUGAGGAGAGAAAUGGAGGUCCUGACUGACCUGUGGCUGACUCAGGCACUCAAAGCUCUGGCCCUCAUCAACUCGAGGCCUAACUGUGUGAAUGUGUUGGUGACCACCACCCAGCUCAUCCCAGCUCUCUCCAAGGUGUUACUGUACGGUCUGGGCUCAGCCUUCCCCAUAGAGAACAUCUACAGCGCUACCAAGACAGGCAAAGAGAGCUGUUUUGAGCGUGUCUCUCAGAGGUUCGGUCGGCGAGCAGUGUAUGUGGUGAUAGGAGACGGCGCUGAGGAGGAGUCCGUAGCCAAGAAGAAGAACAUGCCAUUCUGGAGGGUGUCCUGUCGGGCCGACCUCGAGGCUCUGAGCCAUGCACUGGAGCUGGACUACCUCUAGAGGGCGCCAUCUGCUACGUUCUGCUAUUCCACUCAAGUUGUGAGAAGCUCCUGAACUCCUGAGUGCAGCUGGAGGGGGAAGGUGCCCCCCGGAGACUGAUUCAGAGUCAGUAUUGCUAUUGUGAGCGCGCCCACGGGUGGACAACUUUACACCAAAGCCAGAGGAGCUGUGGGGAUUUUGAAGCGAGGCAGCAGUACACUUAUGAACACGAAGCCAAAAGUGCUGGACCAAAGUAAAAGACCAAAGUCAAAAAGGGACCAAAGCUUCAUAACUAACCCCAGAGAGCUGUGGCUAAUACUUUGAAUAUUAAAUAUAUAUUAUAUAUUAAAACAACCUGUCCUUUUGUUAGAAUUGAGUUCAUCUCAGUUUUAUGAAUGGUGUCCCACUUUUAUACACAACAAAAAAGUGUUGCACUGAAUGCAAGCUCUUCCAUCCUGUUUAAUGACCACAGUGAGUAUGUCUGCAUGGAUGAAACGUUCAAAUUAUUUGUUCUGCUGUGUCUUUGUAUUCGUUGUGAGACUUCAAUCAUUUUUCUGGUUAACACUAUUUUAAAGAUGGAAUAGAAACAUGAUAUUACGUGCAGUAGAUUUUGCCUCCACUAUUGAUUUAGUUUUUUUUAAUUAAUAUGUCAGCUAGAUAAACAUCCCCCCCAUAGUUAGAGGCUAUUAAAACAGUCUGUAUACUGCCAUUAAAAUUAGAGCUAUUUAUUGUUUGGUUUAAGUCUGCAACACAAUGAGGUAUAUAUAGUUUGGAAGCUCUACAUAUUAAAAAAAAUCAUUUUUAGAUACCAAAAACAGGCUCUUGUAAAAAUGUUUUGAUAAGACGUUGCCUCGGAGAUGCUGUAUUAUAGGCUGGUGCUGGAAUCCUGACUUUUGAUUCUGGGUUGUAUAUUGUCUUUUCCGUCAUUGUGAAAUUUCCUAAUUACCUGUUUGUAAUAUAGAUGAACUGUUGUGGUUGUGCAUGUGCCGAUUACACUGCCUGUCAGCUUAGCUAUGAUUUGUAUAUAAUGCUUUAUUGUCAAUUUGUUUUGACAGACAGUUAAGGUAGAUUAAUAAAGAUAAAUUAAUUGCA